AUGGCAUACACCCUUCAGAAUGAAGCCCAGAGGAUUUUUCAUACAAUCAUCUCCGACCCUCGCUUACUCAUCCCGGAUGAGAUUAAAGCUCAGGCGGAUAAGGUGAAGUUUGUGGGAGAGGAAACGCAACCAUACUUUCCAACACCCUGGAAAGCUGCGGAAACUCAGGCUGCCCUGCUUGGUAGUAUUGGCCUCUUUGCGACGGCUAUAUCUAAGGAGCGCUAUGGACUCGACGAAAUUGCGACUAUUGAUUUGGAAAAUGCUCUUCUUUCUGGGCUCGCGAUAGGUGUUAUGCGAGGUAACGGGAAACCGGUGCCAAUUCUCCCGAAGACGGCCGAGGUCACACGUCGUUGGGACCAUGGAAAUACUCGCGAACUGUACCGACAGCUUGGAACAAACAUAUACAAAACCAGAGAUGGUCAAUGGUAUCAACUUCAUGGAAGUAUGGAUGCUACGCCACUCCUUCGCAUGCUUAAUUUACCACAACAUGACGAGAAAAAUCGAUCCUGGAGUGAAAUUAUCGACAUGUAUGCGGAAGUUGUAGGCCAAAUCGACGCAGAAGAACUUGAUACCUGGAGCAACAACGUCUAUCGCAUCCCUGGCUGCAGGUGCUUUAAAUUGGGAGAGCUUGAGACACUCCCUCAUGGCAAAGCCAUCAAAGACGAGCCAUGGUAUAAUUUGAUUCCGCAGCCUUACUAUGAACAACCGCCUGCACAAUGGGUUUUACCUCCGGAUACCGCUGAUCGAAGGCCUCUUUCCGGCAUCAGGGUACUAGACAUGACUCGAGCAGUCGCCGGUCCUACGAUCGCAAAAGUCCUUGCCGCCCUUGGCGCAACCGUUAUUCCAGUGGCCUCAUCGGCCAAUAACGAACUUCCAGUUACACUUAUUGAGGCCUGUCUGAACAAAAUAAGUGUCGAUAUCGACCUGAAGACCUUUGAGGGAGGAAAGAAGUUUCUUGAGCUUACUCAGGAUGCUGAUGUCUUUAUUGAUGGUUAUCGGCCUAGUGUUUUAGAACACCUCGGAUUUGGACGGGAUGCAGUAUUCGGCUUGGUCUCGGCGCGCAGUCGAGGCAUUGUCUAUUGUCAGGAAAACUGUUACGGAUGGAAAGGCCCCUGGUCUGGCCGUCCGGGGUGGGCACAGAUUGGGGAUACGGCCUCUGGAGUAGGGUUUGCUUGUGGAAAAUUCCACGGUUACGAUGAGCCACAUAUAUUCCCGGGGCCCAACGCAGACUACUUAUGUGGUCACGCUGGAGCGAUUGGUGCUUUACAUGCUUUGUAUCAAAGAAGUAAAACAGGCGGGUCGUACCUCGUUCAAGCCUCCCUUAUCGUCUCCAAUCUACAAAUGAUGAGUUACGGACAAUACUCGGACGAGCAAAUCACGGCUUUGAAAAAGCGCAACAAGAACAUCAUAGGGAAACCACGAUACUAUGAUGAUAUAAUGGCACAAAGCUCUAAAAAUUUGUUGGUCGAAGGCGUCUGUGCCGACCGACCCUUGGAGAAAGCACUUCGGGAAGAGUUCUAUCAGUCUGUUGACGGUAGUGCCUGGGGCUAUGAUCACCCUCUUGAGGUGAUAAGGGUAGGUGUGACUCUAAGCACCUCAAGAACUGACUUUGUUCUUUCAAGCGCUCCAUGUGGUUACCAUCUUCCACAAUGGGAGCUGAAGAAGAACCCAGAUUUUGUGCCUUUGUGA